AUGGCGGACUGUAUACGUGUUCCUCUGCUCCUGCUUUUGAUGUGCAUCUUGUCGUUUGUGCACCCAAUUCGGGGGGAAAACAACAAACUGAAUGGUAAUGCUGAAAACCUACAGAAUCCACCUGGAGGUCCCGGGCCGGCUGCAGUUAACCUGGGAGCCGCUGAUAGGAACCUGGGCGUCGGGGCCUCGCUGCCUCGGAGGCGCUCUACCGGCUGGAAGUUGUCUGAGGAGGCGGUGUGCAGGGACGACCUGACCCGGCUUUGCCCGAAACAUUCCUGGAACAACAACCUGGCGGUGCUGGAGUGUCUUCAGGAUAAGAAAGAGGAAACUGAAAUCGCUGCGGAAUGCAACCAUCUGCUAUGGAACUACAAGUUGAACCUGACAACUGAUCCAAAGUUUGAAUCUGUAGCUGUGGAAGUGUGCAAGACUACUAUCUCUGAGAUUAAGGAAUGUGCAGCCGAGGAGCUGGGCAAGGGCUACCUGGUGUCCUGCUUGGUGGAUCACCAUGGCAACAUCAGCGACUACCAGUGCAACCAGUACAUCACCAAGAUGACCAGCAUCAUCUUCAGCGACUACCGUCUGAUCUGUGGCUUCAUGGAUAAAUGUCGCGAGGACAUCAAUGCUCUGAGCUGUGGCAGCAUCAGCACUGGAGAGAAGGACAUCCACUCACAAGGAGAGGUCAUUGCUUGUCUGGAAAGAGGUUUGGUGCGUGAGGCAGAGGAGCAACCAGGGGCACACGCCAUCAAGGACGACUGUAAGAAAGCCAUCAUGAGAGUCGCUGAACUCUCAUCUGACGACUUCCACCUCGACCGUUACCUUUACUUCGCCUGCCGGGACGACCGCGAACGUUUCUGUGAACAUACACUGGCCGGAGAGGGACGAGUGUAUAAAUGUCUGUUCAACCACAAGUUUGAGGAAGCGAUGUCUGAGCGGUGUCGGGAUGCACUUACUACCAGGCAGAAGCUGAUAGCUCAGGAUUACAAAGUGAGCUACUCACUGGCUAAAGCCUGCAAGUCAGACCUGAAGAAGUAUCGCUGCAGUGUGGACACCAACAUGCCCCGAGCCCGAGAAGCUCGCCUGUCCUACCUGCUUCUCUGUUUAGAGUCAGCUGUGCAUCGAGGUCGUGUGGUCCGCGGCGAGUGCCAGGGCGAGAUGAUGGACUACAGACGGAUGCUCAUGGAGGAUUUCUCUCUCAGUCCAGAGAUAGUGCUGCACUGCCGCGGCGAAAUUGAGAGUCACUGCUCAGGUCUGCACCGCAAAGGCCGCACACUACACUGUCUGAUGAGGGUCGGCAGAGGAGACAUGGGAGCCACUGACCCCAACUGUCAGAGGGCGCUCCAGACUCUGAUACAGGAAGCCGACCCCGGAGCCGACUACCGCAUUGACCGGGCCCUCAAUGAGGCCUGUGAGUCAGUCAUCCAGACGGCCUGCAAACACAUCCGCAGUGGUGAUCCCAUGAUCCUGUCAUGUCUGAUGGAACAUCUGUACACCGAGAAGAUGGUGGAGGACUGUGAGCACCGACUGCUGGAGCUCCAGUAUUUCAUUGCCAGAGACUGGAAGUUGGACCCCAUCCUCUAUAAGAAAUGCCAGGGGGAUGCAUCUCGACUCUGUCACACUCACGGCUGGAAUGAAACCAGUGAGAUGAUGCCGCCAGGAGCCAUUUUCUCCUGCUUGUACCGCCACGCCUACCGUUCUGUGGAGCAGGGACGCAGGCUCCCCAGUGGGGAAUCUGAGGCAGAAAACCACGAUUCAACACUCUCCAGGGACUGUAAGGUGGAGGUACAGAGGAUCCUCCACCAGAGGGCACUAGAUGUGAAGCUGGAUCCUGAGCUGCAAAGACGCUGUAUGACCGACCUGGGGAAGUGGUGCAGCGAGAAAACGGAGGCUGGACAGGAGCUGGAGUGCCUGCAAGAUCACCUUGAGGAUCUGGUUUCUGACUGCAGAGAUGUUGUGGGAAACCUGACUGAGCUGGAGUCGGAGGAUAUCCAGAUUGAGGCGCUGCUGAUGCGAGCCUGUGAACCCGUCAUCCAGGGCCACUGCCAUGAGGUAGCUGAUAAUCAGAUCGACACGGGCGACCUGAUGGAGUGUUUGGUUCAGAACAAACACCAGAAGGAGAUGAAUGAGAAAUGUUUAGUAGGAGUGACUCAUUUUCAGCUGAUUCAGAUAAAAGAUUUCCGUUUCUCCUACAAGUUCAAAACAGCCUGCAAAGAAGACGUCCUCAAACUGUGUCCCAACAUCAAGAAAAAGGUGGACGUUGUGAUUUGCCUCAGCACCACAGUGAGGAAUGACACGCUGCAGGAUGUCAAGGAGCAGCGAGUGUCGGUCAAAUGCCGCAAACAGCUGCGGGUGGAGGAGGUGGAAAUGUCGGAGGACAUCCGUCUGGACCCGGAGCUGUACGACUCCUGUAAGCAGGACAUCAGCAAACUGUGUCAGAGCGUCACCUAUGGAAACGCACAGGUUAUUGAGUGUUUGAAGGAGAACAAGCGUCAGCUGACUCCGCGUUGCCACCAGCGGAUUUUUAAGCUGCAGGAGGUGGAGAUGGUUGACCCUGAACUGGACUACCAGCUGAUGAGGGUCUGCAAGCACAUGAUCAGGCGGUUCUGCACAGAGUCAGAGGGUAAGAAUGUUCUUCAGUGUCUGAAACAAAAUAAGAACAGUGAGCUGAUGGAUCCCAAGUGUAAACAGAUGAUCACCAAGAGACAGAUCACCCAGAACACAGACUACAGGCUGAACCCGGUGCUGAGGAAAGCCUGUAAAGCUGAUAUCCCAAAGUUCUGUCAGUCCAUCCUCAAUAAGGCGUCGGCCGACAGUGAACUGGAGGGUCAGGUCAUCUCCUGCCUCAAACUCAAAUAUGCAGACCAGCGUUUGUCUCCAGACUGUGAGGAUCAGAUCCGUGUCAUCCUGCAGGAGUCGGCACUAGACUACAGACUGGACCCUCAGCUGCAGAUCCACUGCACACAAGAGAUCUCUCGGCUGUGUCCAGAGGAGGCGGCAGCUCAGGAGCAAACGGGCCAAGUGGAGGAGUGUCUGAAAGUCAAUCUGUUGAAGAUCAAACAGGAAGGAUGUAAGAAGGAGGUGCUGAACAUGUUGAAGGAGAGUAAAGCGGACAUCUUCGUAGACCCCGUCCUCCACACAGCCUGUGCUCUGGACAUCAAACAUCACUGUGCUGCCAUCCCACCCGGCAGGGGGCGCCAGAUGUCCUGCCUGAUGGAGGCGCUGCAGGAUAAACGUGUCCGUCUGCAGCCGGAGUGCAAGAAGAGACUCCAGGAUCGCAUCGACAUGUGGAGCUACGCUGCCAAGGUGGCUCCUGCCGAGGGUUUUUCGGACCUGGCCAUGCAGGUGAUGACGUCGCCGUCCAAGAACUACAUCCUGACCGUGAUCGGCGCAGGCGUGGCGCUGCUCUUCCUGAUGGGGCUGCUCUGCGGAAGAUUCACCAAACGCGUCACUCAGGAGCUGAAGGACAGGUAGACCCCACCUACUCAGGGGUCAGGACACGCCCACAGGAGAAACGACCACCGCCGAAAAGGACCUCCCCUCAUUUUACCCCUCGGCGUCCUCCCACCUCCGCCCAUUCAUCCUCCGCCUCAUCACUAAACACUACACUCUGGCGUCUUCUUUUUACUUUUUAAUUUCACUCCUUUAAUAUCACUGCUGGGGCGUUCAUGCUGAAUGACAUUACCCACAACCCCCUAAGGCUAAAGUGGGCGCGAUCAGUGACUCACCCCUUUACCUCUUCAUGAGCCACGCCCACUUUUUAGGAUGCCACGCCCUCUGCCGCCUUUUUCUUCCUCUGAUUUUUUUUUUUUUUUUUCCCGGGUCCUCCUGCAGUUUCCCUCACCUGAUGUAGAUGCAGUAUUACUUCGUUUUUUUUUCUUUUCCUCCCCCCCUCCUUUGUGGGCGGGGAGAAGGGGCUAGGGGGUGGGUGUUGUAAGGAUAAGGGGUUAAAGGUCAAGAUAUGGGGGUGAGGGAGGUGAGUGACAUCGGUCAGUGUAAAUGUGUAGAAAUGGGAUGGGAAAUGCUCAGCUAUAGAGCAGUUUAAUGACUCCAGUAUUUUAAUGACUACAGUGUGUGUGGCGUGUGUGUUGUGUGUGCGUGCGUGUGUGUUGGCCUUGAUGUAUGUGUGCGAUUGAAACUGUCUUUCUACCAUCAUACUCUUCUAGUUUGUCCUCGCUAAAGGGUUUUUGGGGGUUGUUUGGCUCUGGAUAUAUCUUUUCCUUUCUUUUUGGCUGACGUGUGUUCGUUUGAUUUUAUCGCCAUGGGACUGCCAGGCGGGCGGUGCCAACCAGCCGUCCCUCCACCGAGCCACAGAUCAUGUACAGAGGGGAAACGUCACUCACUCCCAGCCGGCUCACUGAAAGCUCCUCUUACAACAAGGAAUUUGUGUUUUUUUUUUUUCCCCAGCCCAACCUGUGCCAUAAACGCACCACCCAGCUCCCAGUUCAACCGCUCAUCUUCUCAUCGCUCCAGUAGUGGUUGGAACUGGACAAACUGGGAUAUCUUUUUUUUUUUUUUUUCUUUUAAGUCAUGAACUCGCUGAGCGGCUGUCACGCUGGUUGGACAAACUGAGAGCAAUGCAGAAAAAAAAUUAAAGAAAUAAAAACUAUCGUAGUUUAUUGUAGAGAUGUGAACAUUUCUGUGUAAAGAUGAUACUGGAAUCAUUGCACAUUUUUCGUUCUUUUUUUUUUUAUAUCUAUAAAUAUAUAUAUAUUGUUUUGUCAUAGCCUUAUUUAUUUGUUUACUAAUGAUCAAAGUCUUUUUUUUUUUUUUUCUAUGAUUUGAAUGUUCUCUGGUUGCCUUUUCUUCAGCGAGUGUCCCUCCUUCCUGCAGGGAGAAGGACGGACGGGAGAGGGAGGGAGGUGUUCAGGCGACGAUAGUUCGGCCUCCUCCGAACGUCAGCCUGCUCCGGGUGGCUGCCUGAUUGUCUGUUUUAGGUAAGGCAGUGAACGCCUCUGCUCCGGUGAUGUUACUGACAGAUCAGAACACGUCGUCAUUAUUAUUAAAACUCUGCGACUCAGUUGUAGAAUAGAAAGCUCAGAUGACCUUUUUAAGAAAGCAAAGCUAGCCGGGCAUAACGGAAUGGACUGAUAUUUUAAUGUGAUGAUAGUUUGGGGAUGACCACUGUGCUUUUGUAGGAUAUUAAGUGAUUGUGAGCGGUCAAAAAGGAAGCUGAGACAUCCUGUUGGUGUUUUUGACUCAGUACUAGUUUAUUUUCAUUUUGCUGCGUUCGGUCACAUCUGAAGAAAAGGAGAUUUUGGGAAUGAUCUGAUGUGUUAACGUCGUCAUACUAAACACAGAAGUAUCCAGUUAAUAUGAAGAUUAAAACAGAUGAGAUAGUUCUUUAUUAAUGUACGUCUGGCUUUAAAAGCAGACCAUGGAUGACGGGACAUUUUUUAUCAUCAUUCAGACUUGGAUGUUUACUUGAGUUGGAAAUGGAAUAUUUUAUUGUUGUAUAUGUAUGACAUAUUUUAGAUUCUGUACUACUAGUUCACACUCCAGCUUCGUGUCAAGUCUCCGUUAAUCACCGCAUCAAUAUCUCUUGGAAUGAUCGUCACAGACACACAAAGGAGUGUUCAACGUAAUGAUCAAACAUUGAGUUAAGCUUUACUGUGAUAUUUGUAAUCAUAGCCUAACAGGCUGAUCCGACACUUUAGUCAUAACAGUGUGAGGGUUUUCCUCUUCUAUUUGAGCAGAGAACCCAAACAUUACAUGAACAAACCCGGGCACAAAAAUCAUCUUUGCUCAAAGUUCUAGUCAAGAUCACCUGGAAAUUCAAGAACGCUUCUGUGUGCACAUUUUGCACAGGAAAAAAAAAACGCACAUGAAGUUCUUCUUUUCAUGCUCCUGUUAUAUGUUUGUGAUAUAUUUAAGCUUCAGUUUGAACUUGUCUGAGUUGAUUGAAGUUCUAGUCUGUAGACGUAAAGGGCUUGUUCUAAACUAACGAGUACACAGUAUUUAUAUAAUGUCAGGGGAUUAGACACUUGUCCACAAAACGGUUCUGAAUACUGUAUCAUUUCUGCUAAUAGAUCUCCUAAAUCUUCUACACUGGGGCUUAAACGUAAAUCUGACAAACUCACAGAAGAAACCAAACAACUCCUCUAUUUAUCGCAUGGAAUUUAGUGUUUGUCGAGCAGGAAACGAGAGAAAAAGAUGUAUUUAGUUUCUUGAAAGUGUCUUGCACAUAUUUUCAGAUUCUGUGUUUUCGCAGAUACGUUCAUCGUGCGUCAGUGUUGAGGUUUCAGGCUUUUCAGUCUCAGUUUGAAAAUAGAAAACUCUGCUUGAAAAGAUCACCAACUGUAAAAAUACAAAGUGAGACUCUCUCCUCUCCCAGCUCGCCCCGGUCACGUGUACAUGUGUACUAUACUGAGUGCUUCACACUGUAAACUACGUACCGUGCAUUUAGCCUAUACUGUUUAUUUUUUUGGAAUCGUUGAAGCUUGGUGUGGUGAGCGCUGCCCUCCCUGCUUGUAAAUGAGACGUUCUGAUUCUGCCUUCACUGUUUUCCAUCGGACGUUGGUUUUCUCGAAGCGUGCCUACUCACCGUCCCACCGAGGGAUCCCGCUGUACAGAACAUCCCAGAAUCCCCUGCAGCGCCCGGCAGAGGAGCCUGUGGGCCUGUGUGAGUGUGUGUGAUCGAGUGUGAUUGAUGAUUCUGUGUUUGUGUAUCGCCCACAGAUUUUUUUUUGGAUGCUGUGCGAUUUCCGGUCGGUACCUCGCUGUUCUCGUCCAGAGCAAUGAUGGCUUUGAUUUUUAGUUUGUGAUGAUGAAAAAUCUUUUUGUAAACAAUGUUCGUGUCUCAAUCCAUGGCACUCCUGGUCAUUGCAUUCAUUUUUCCCUGUCCGCUUUUUUUUGUUUUUUGUUCUAUUUUGUUUUGUUUUUGUUCUGUACAUAUGAAAAUUGGACAGUUUGUUAAUAAUAAUAAAGUCUGCAAGGUUUCUAAUCUUG